UCUCUCCGGUUCCCCCAGAAGUAUUCCUCCUCAGUUCUCAAUCACGCGCGAAAGUGAACGGUUAUUUCGUUUUAGUUCAAAAAAAGCUGAACAAAUAUGCAAUUUAACGUACUUUACCCGUGACGCUUUAGGUUUAAAUCCUCUUUAAGUACCCUUCAAAUAACCACGUAUAUGAGUUAGCUCCAACAGUAUUGACCAAGUCACCCAAGUGCUAACUACUCCCCCUCCAGUUUUAUUGGGAGUCAUUGUAACCGUUGGCAACUGCCACAGCAAAAUUAUUUACAAUUUACCGGAUAUAAUUUGCAUUUAAAAAACCAGACUAAAAAUAAAACCCCAACAGAAGUGAAAAAUUUUAAAACGCAUUUAAGAUGCCUGAUGUGAAGUUCCUGGCCGUUCUGCCCACCAAUGCUAAUGCAUCGGAUCGCGUAACAAGGCUAUCCAUUAGCGGCAAUCUACUCCAGAAUCCCCAGCAAUUCUCGGUGAACUUUGUCAACAGUCCGGACUGCACGGACAACAUCACGUAUCACUUCAAGGUGGUCAUCCCCACACAGACGAUAAUCGAGAAUUAUAAACGGAACGGCGAGUGGAGCAGUCUUCAUCAGGAAAAGUACCUGAACAUCUUCGACGAGUCCUCGUUUUGCCUUGAGUUCGCCUUCGACUACGAUAACUCUAUGAUGCGGGUGUACCAGGGCAGGGAUUCGGGCCACAAUUUCAUAACCGAGUAUGAGACCCUCUUCUCCCUAUCCGACAUCCAGGCUAUACAGGUGUGGGGCGAUGUGCAGAAAGUCAACCAGUUUGCCCUAGGCUACAACUGAUAGGGAGAGAAACCCCCAAAAUCCCCACGAUCCCAAGGUAGCAAGUCAUAUUCAUCUAUUUAUUGCACUUCUUCAAUCGCUUAGAUUCAAGUUUGGUGGCGGGGCACAUAUUGUCCUAACACUGCACGACCUUAAUCCUUUCACCUGUAGUUUUAAAUAGUUUGUUGGCUCUUGCAUCCCAUAUAUGUACAUCUUUUUUCUAUAAGCGACAUGCUUUCACUACCUCUUCAUUUGGUUAUACGUUGAAUUUUCUUAUAAUACGAACAAAAAUGCUCCACUUAAUCCUGAUCCAACUGACUUUUAAACAGUAUUAAACCAAUAUAUAUUUAUAAAUUUAAUUAAUUUGAAUUUGAACUUAUCUCAAUAAUUGAAAACUGCAAAAUUCUCAAAAUUUAUAGUAUUUAAGCAUUUUUCUUUUUUCCUGCCUAGUUAUUGAAACUGUUUUGAAUGUAUUUUAGAAAAUUGCCUUUACUGAUAUCCCCUGAUUAUAUUUAUUUCUUUUCCGGUAUUUAGUAUAUCAAAAGUGUCAAAUAUUUGUCACCUUUUUGUGUUUUAGUCAUAUCGCACUAUCACUAUCGGGAAUUUUACGAAUUAUCCUGUGACGUAACUAGAGUUCUGCUAUUGCCUAUUGCUUCUUAUCGCAGUUGCUGAUUAUUUCCUUGUUUGUAGUUGAUAAUCAUUGUUAAUUGUUGGGCCAAAGAAUUGAAUGUAUUAUACACGUUGAGUUUCCUUGCUUGCUGAUGUCUUCCAUUUAGUUUUCGAACUUAUUUGUAAGCUUUCCAUGUAAUUCCCAUACGAACACGCCAAGUAUUAAAACAUUGCAUUAUUCUCAAUUAAAUGCGUAAACACGAAAAUUCA